AUGGCAUCAUCUUCAGCAGGUGGGGUUUCGAAAGGACAAAGAUUAUCUGGCAAGCCUAAUAAUCGUUUUUCUUGUCAAAAUAUGGAUAUUGAAUGGACUUUGACUGAUUCAGAUGGUAUUAACUGUGUCGUCAGUCAACUUCUGUUUAAUGCAGCCAGUUGGUCGGAAAUGAAUCAAAGUAUUAGUAAAUUACAGCGUGAGCUCAGUAAUUACUCAAAUAUAUCACCUGUGUAUCCAUUGCUUCAACAAGCUCUUCGAACAAAGGAUCCGAACAUGUCACUGCAUCGAAUAUGGGUAAUCCUAUCAGCUCAAUGUCUUUCCAAUACAACUAAUGAUACGUCGAGUAAUGAUUGGCCCAUGUAUUUUGUUGGUCCGAUAUUCGAUGAUAUAUUUUCGAAAAAACUUCCAAGAUAUCAAUUUCACGGUAAAACAUAUCGUGGUGCACGUAUCAGUCAAAGUGAACUUGAUACGUAUGUUGCUGGAAGAUUGAUAUUCAAUAAAGGCUUUACGUCAACAUCUAAACAGCUCGAUGUUGCUAAGCGACUUAUCUAUCCACCCGCAAAUCAAAAACCUGACAAGUAA